GAGACUCUCUAUCGUCGUCGGCCGCAAGCGCCAGUGGCCAACGCGCCGUCAGCUGAGUAUCUAGCUGGGCGCCUGUGCGAGAAGCAAUGGAAACAACAAAAUUCCUCGGCAGUUAUCAAAUUAUUGGCCGUCGCGAUACGAUAGUAUACUCCUAGAUUUCGCAUCCAGCGAUAGCCGUGGCUAGCUCUUAGCGGUAGUUGCGAGAGGAGCACAGCAAACAUGGCCCUCGUUGGCGGGUCCCACCACGGGCUAGAGGCCCACACCUCAACUUCGCUACGAAUCGGCGUCGUGCAGCCUUUGCUGACCGAUUUGUACCAGGUUACGAUGGCGUACGCCUACUGGAAGAGCGGAAAGCACAAUGACUACGCCGUCUUCGACGUCUUCUUCCGCAAGAAUCCGUUCCAGGGAGAGUUCACGGUGUUCGCGGGCCUAGAAGACUGCAUUCGGUUCCUGCAGGCGUUCCACUACUCCGAAAGCGACAUCACAUACCUGCGGAGCAUCCUCCCAGGCGAUGUGGACCCUGGUUAUUACGAUUACCUGGCAUCUCUCAAUGCGGACGACGUGCAGCUGUACGCCAUUCCAGAGGGCACCGUGGUCUUCCCGAGGAUACCGCUGAUCAGAGUUGAGGGCCCUCUGGCUGUGCUGCAGCUCUUCGAGACCACUCUGCUGAACCUGGUAAACUAUGCCAGCCUGGUGACCACGAACGCUGCCCGAUUCCGAAUGGCUGCAGGAGCGCACAUCAGCCUUCUCGAAUUCGGGCUUCGGAGGGCACAGGGCCCGGAUGGAGCUCUCUCAGCUUCAAAGUAUGCGUACGUGGGAGGUUUUGAUGGAACGAGUAAUGUCCUGGCGGGAAAGCUGUUCAACAUCCCUCUCAAGGGCACUCACGCCCACGCCUUCAUCAUGAGUUUUGCUUGCAGGGAUGACUGCAAACUGAGGAAACUGCAGUCGGCUGAUGGUAGGGGGGAGGUGAACUUCUUUGACCUCUGCUGCAAGUGGAGGAAGGAGCUGAGCCAGACCUUCAGGGCGCUCGAGGACGAAGCCAGCGACGGAGAGUUGGCGGCCUUUGUCUCCUAUGCCGUCGCCUUCCCCAGGAGCUUCCUAGCGCUGGUCGACACCUACGACGUCCUCAGAGGAGCUAUACUCGGCAAGGCAAGCAUUUUACGGACCAGGCCUGGCUCCUGCUUCAGGAGCGGCCUGCUCAACUUCUCCGCUGUGUCGAUGGCGCUGCACGACCUUGGCUACCGGGCUGUCGGGGUGCGCAUCGACAGCGGCGACCUGGCAUACCUUUCAUCGUGCGCCAGCGCCCUGUUCGGGCAGAUUGCGGACCAGUUCGGACAGCCCUGGUUCAAGGACCUGGUCAUCGUGGCCAGCAACGACAUCAAUGAGGAGACCGUCAUCUCCCUCAACGAGCAGGGUCAUAAGAUCAACUGUUUUGGCAUUGGAACGCACCUGGUCACGUGCCAGAAACAGCCUGCCCUCGGCUGCGUCUACAAGCUUGUGGAGGUUAAGCAGCAGUCCUGCAUCAAGCUGAGCCUGGACAUCCAGAAGGUCACCAUACCUGCCAAGAAAGCAUGCUACCGGCUCUAUGGACAAAGCGGCUACGCGCUGCUUGACCUCAUGCAGAAGAUUGACGAGCCGGAACCACAGAGUGGGAAGAGGGUGCUUUGCCGUCACCCAUUUCAGGAGUCUAAGCGGGCAUAUGUCACGCCGCACAGAGUGGAGAACCUCUGCCAGCUCUGGUGGGACAAAGGAAAGAUCAGCCAAGAGCUGCCUUGUCUGAAUGCCAUCCGAAGCCGGGUGAAGGACUCCCUUCGCACCCUGAGACCCGACAUCAAGCGUACUCUGAACCCGACACCAUACAAGGUGUCGGUCUCGGACAACCUCUACAUGUUCAUGCACGAGCUCUGGCUCCAGAACGCACCCAUUGGAGAGCUCUCCUAGGCCCGGCCGCAUUCGUGGGGAAGAUGGUCGGCCGGAGUCUGAUUGUCAGGUUGUGUUGUUUGUUAAGACAGAAGGUCCAAGACGACCGUACGUGGUUGGGAGUCCUGCACAUUGCGCUUUUCACAGCACCCUUGAACAGAAGCCACCGUUGUUAGAAAUAGCGCCAAUUUUAAUUUGGCCGGCUGCCCAGUUGGACGGCCACUUUUUGUCUUUAUUCCUUGUUUUACUGCUCUUUUUACGGAUUUGUCCUAGAGGUAUCCAUCGGCAUAGGUUGCCGAAAGAGCGUGUCGGGAGAAAUACCAAUCUAUGUGUCGGUCGACAUUGCUCUGCGACUUUUCUUUUUGUGUGUGUGCGGCUUGGGGAGCUUAUGUUUCACAACCCAUUCCCACUUGUGGCCCAGCAGCACUGCACCAGUGCUGAUGCAGUGCGACUUAGCACCGAUAAAGCAUUGGUUCUUCGAGGGUUUUUAUUGGGGUGAAAGGAUAAGCUCAGUCAGCUGCGGGUUGUUUUGGUGGCUCCCUCUCAUGUUUUAUGCCCGGUACUUUGCAAAGACGUGUUGCAGUGCUCGUGAUUCUGGUGACUUUAUUUUCUCUGGAAAUAACAGAAUCGACAGUGUGUGCAAAGAACAUCUUCGAAAAUGUCCACGGUUGCUCUUGCCCAAGACCGUAGACCCUGUUUUUGGUAGGAAUUAAUUUCCACUGCCAAACGAGGCAGAAUCACUCUGAAACGGUUACAUCAAGUUUAGGGAGGGGAACACUUGUACCUCCAAGGUAGGAUCUCGCAAGAAUCGUCUUGCUUUGGAGUUUUCAAGUGAUUUUGCAAUGGGUAAGGAGAUAUACAGCACUGAUUCUGCACUGCAUUGCAGGUGAGAAUUGACCUAAACUUCACUGCUCGAUCGCACUAAUUUUUUUUCGAUGUUUUUAAGUGUUACACAUUUUUGAAAACCGGAGACUACGGACGACGAAAGAGACAACACGCAAAACGUCGCAAGACGUUUUGUGUGUUGUCCCCUUCUUCGUCCAUCGUCUCCGGUUUUCAAAAAUCUGUAACAUCAACCAGCUUGCCUGCCUACUUACUUUAUCUUCAAUCUUUUUAAGUGUAGUGAGUAUGUUUUUUAGAAUUCAUCUGGGUGCUUUGACUAGAAGUGCUGUAGAGACUGAGAUUUAAUUUACGCACGAAAAAAAUAAACAGGAUGGAGCACAAAACACAUCUUUCAUAGAAAAAUGUUGUGUUCUGUGCUCCAUUGUAUUUGCUUAUUCUUUCACGUGUAAAUUGAACUCGACAGGCUCUGUUUUUAAUAAGAUUGUGAGGCAUUCCUAUAUUUAGAGGACUCGAAAUAUCUUCUUUUUUUCUUUUAGAAGACAGUUCUCGGACGUUGAAGGUGCUUUUUUCUGACCUAUAUGCAUUACUGCCAUUUAAACACGUAACAUUGUGCUUUUUACGCAGUGUACUUAUUUCCAUUUGUGCAUCUUGGGUUUCAACGAAGCUAAAACAAGCUUGCUUGCCUACUCAAACACUGAGAUGUGGUAGCGUUUGUGAGCAAGAAUUUUGCCUUUGCAAAUGUUGACAUAGUAUUUCCUGUCACCUCAGAGUUUUCAGCACCGCUGAACAUCUUUUUGUGAUAGUUGCGGUUAUGUGACUAACAUGUGUGUCAGUUUUUAUUGCAGAUAGUAAUAUUAAUUCAGACUUAUAUUUGGAGCAGUGUAUAAUGUGCUGGGAGUUUUAGUUGCACAUAUGCUGGGAGUUUUAGUUGCACAUAUCUUUAUCAUAUAGCUUGUAGGCCUAGUCAUUGCACUGCUAAGCUGUUUUCUGAUGAAGCCACUUUGCAUCGAUAUAUUUUUUGGAGAUAGUUUUGAAAAUUGUUUGUCAGUUGAUUGUUAGUUUGUUCCUUUUUACAGUAAAUCUAUAAAUAAAUGGUUGUUGCAAGUUAA